AGUUUUUAUCACCAUUACUGGCCACUCUGUAUUUUUUUUUUUUGAAGCUCCCACUAAAAAUUAAAAAAAAAAAAUCCUCGAAACAAAAUCCGUUUAGAGGACCCGACUAGAUCCAAAUUCUCUUUACCUGUAAAUGUUUUUGCAUAUUUUCAUCGAUUCAUCUGUGAAUUAACCUAAAACUUCCACCCAAUUCUUCCCCUCAAAAUUAGGGUUCCACGAUUCUUGCAUAAUCCCUCCAAUUUCCCCUCAAAUUAGAGGUUUUCUUUUCGUUGAAGAAAUGUAUUAGAUCAUGAGCUAGAUUUUCGUCUCUCAAAUUCGCAUCUUUUAUCGUUUUCUUUUUUUUUAAUACUUUUCAAGUGUAUGAAGAUUUGGUGCUGCUUGUGCUUCACCGAGGACGAAGAAGACGACGAUAAGAAGAGAAUGACGUUAAUCGAUGACGAAUCGGAUGGUAGUAUCGAAGGUAACGAAGAAGUGCAGAUGCAAUUUGGGCUUGCUUUGGACAUGUUUGAUGAGCCGUUCCCCGACUUAAUCGCAGCGUUGCCUGAGUCUGAUGACAUGGGUCCGCAUGUGAGGAGGGCUCCCAGGUGGCGCCCGUUGAUACGCCAGCCUAGGCGGUAUGAGGGCGAGUGUAGUAGUAGUGGCGUAGGCGAUGGCGAUGGGGGCUCGGAUCUUGCAAUCGACGACUUACAACAUAAGCGGGCCAAAGUGUUUUCUACUUCUCCCCGUGAUUAUGGCAAAAAUUGUAAUAUUAGGAUGGGCUCUUUGGUCUCUCCCGCUAAUGAAAUCCUGUACCACAAUUAUAUUUGGAAUAAUACCAGUGAUGAGAGUCCCAUUGACCCUACUGGUGGAAAAGGUGAUGGAAAAGAGAAUGAUACCUUAAAAACAGAAGAUAUUGAAGUCCGGAUGGAUCUCACUGAUGACUUGUUGCAUCUGGUUUUUUCUUUCUUGGACUAUGCUGAUCUUUGUCGGGCAGCUAUUGUUUGUCGGCAGUGGAGAGCAGCUAGUGCUCAUGAAGAUUUUUGGAGAUGUCUAAAUUUUGAAAAUCGGAAGAUAUCUAUAGAGCAAUUUGAGGAUUUAUGUCGCCGAUAUCCAAAUGCUACGGAAGUGAAUUUAUAUGGUGUCCCUGCUAUGCACUUGCUUGUCAUGAAUAUGGUAUUUUUGAGAAAUCUUGAAUCCUUAACUUUGGGGCGAUAUGAAGUAGGAGAUGGGUUUUUUCAUGCUUUAGCAGAUUGUAGCAUGUUGAAGAGAUUAGAUGUCCAUGAUGCUACUCUUGGUAAUGGUGCUCAGGAGAUACUGAUAAACCAUGAUCAAUUGUGUCAUCUUGAACUAAUAAAGUGCCGAAUGAUGCGUGUAUCCGUAAGGUGCCCACAACUCGUACAUUUGUCCUUGAAACGGAGUAACAUGGCACAGGCGGUUCUUAAUUGUCCCCUUUUGAGUCUCCUUGAUAUAGCUGCUUGCCACAAGCUUUCUGAUGCGGCCAUUCGUUUAGCGGUUACUUCAUGUCCUCAAUUAGAAAAUUUAGAUAUGUCUAAUUGUUCAUGUGUGAGUGAUGAAACACUUCGUGAAAUAGCACUCAGUUGUGCUAAUCUUCAUUUUCUCAAUUCGUCGUACUGCCCAAAUAUAUCGCUUGAGUCGGUAAGGCUCCCCAUGUUGACAGUUCUUAAGCUUCACAGCUGUGAGGGUAUCACGUCAGCUUCAAUGGCUGCAAUAUCUCAUUGUUAUAUGUUGGAGGUUCUGGAGCUUGAUAAUUGCAAUCUUUUGGCAUCUGUUUCUUUGGAUCUUUCUCGUUUGCAGAUUAUAAGACUAGUACAUUGUCGCAAAUUUGUUGAAUUGAAUUUGCGGACUAUCAUGCUUUCAUCUAUAAAUGUGUCAAAUUGUGCUGCUCUCAACCGUAUAAACAUCAUGUCCGACUCUCUUCAGAAAUUAUCCUUGCAAAAGCAGGAGAACUUGACAACAUUGGCAUUGAAGUGCCAGAAUCUGCAAGAAGUGGACCUUACAGAUUGUGAAUCGUUAACUAAUUCCAUAUGUGAAGUGUUUAGAGACGGUGGUGGCUGCCCCAUGUUGAAGUCUUUAAUUCUUGAUAAUUGUGAGGGCUUGACAGCAGUGCAUUUCUGUUAUACAUCUUUAGUCAGUCUCUCUCUUGUUGGUUGCCGUGCUAUCACAUCUCUUGAACUAAGAUGCCCCAAUCUUGAGAAUGUCUGUUUAGAUGGCUGUGAUCAUCUUGAAAGAGCAUCAUUUUGUCCGGUUGCUUUACAAUCGCUCAAUCUGGGUAUAUGCCCCAAGUUGAAGUCACUUACUAUUGAAGCAUCAAGUAUGGCGGUGCUCGAGUUGAAGGGAUGUGGUGUUUUGUCAGAAGCAUCCAUUAACUGUCCUCUUUUAACAUCUCUUGAUGCUUCUUUUUGCAGUCAACUUAAGGAUGAUUGCCUGUCUGCAACCACUACUUCAUGCCCACUGAUUAAAUCAUUAAUACUUAUGUCAUGCUUAUCCAUUGGUUCUGAUGGACUUUACUUGUUGCAACCGCUUUCAAAUUUGACUAUGCUUGAUUUAUCAUACACUUUCUUGACAAAUUUGCAGCCUGUUUUUGAGUCUUGCUCACAACUGAAGGUUUUGAAAUUACAAGCAUGCAAGUAUCUCACUGAUACGUCAUUGGAACCUCUUUACAAGAAAGCAUCACUCCCAGCUCUUCAGGAAUUGGACUUGUCUUAUGGGACACUUGGCCAGUCGGCUAUUGAGGAGCUUCUUGCAUAUUGUACUCACCUCACUCAUGUUAGCUUGAAUGGUUGUGUAAAUAUGCAUGACCUAAAUUGGGAUUCUAGUGGUUGUCAUCCUCUGGAAUCAACUGUAGAUGGCUUAUACGGGAUUUUUUCUCAUGAGAAUGUCCAUGAAUCAACGCAGCAUACUGACCGUUUGCUGCAAAAUCUCAACUGCGUAGGUUGUCCAAAUAUUAGGAAAGUUCUCAUUCCACCCCAGGCACGCUGUUUCCAUUUGUCAUCAUUGAACCUUUCUCUGUCUGCCAAUUUGAAGGAAGUUGAUGUUGCUUGUAUCACUUUGUGCUUCCUCAAUCUGAGCAACUGUUGCUCCUUGGAAGCAUUAAGGCUUGCUUGUCCAAAAUUAACAAGUCUGUUUCUUCAGUCCUGUAACAUCAAUGAAGAAGUGGUUGAAGAUGCCAUAUCACAAUGUAGCAUGCUUGAGACUCUAGAUGUUCGUUCUUGUCCAAAGAUAUGUUCAAUGGGUCUGGGGAAGUUACGUGCAGCAUGCCCUAGUUUGAAGCGCAUCUUCAGCAGCCUGACACCUGCAUAAAGACAAAAUGAUGAAAAUUUUUGUUUGUUUUAGUAUUUUCCACGGCAACUAGCUUGAUAUGCUUGCCAGGAUCUACUAUCUGUGUUAUUGUAAAUGGUAUCAUCUUUUCUGUUGUCAGUUUUAUUUUUUCCCCCUUUGUUUUUAUUAUUGUAUGGGUAUUAUUUGUGGCAGAUGUGGCUGUCCUUAUGUAACAGCACCAAUAAAUGUUUCAUGUUCAUUAUCAUUGUUUGUUAUCUUCACUGGUUCUUUUUUCCCCA